UUGGCUGUAGACAGACAACCCGGUAUCCCACCACCUGGUCUACCAACAAAAGAUGGGAAGGCUGUGUAUCACAACCCGCUCCGUUUCCCCAACACUCAGGCUGCUCGCCCAGGCUCAGCUGAAUUACCCACUUUGCCUGGAGGUAUUCAUCACAAAUUAGCCGACAAUUACUAUUAUACGAGGUAUGGGAGUAAAUCUGACAAUUCAAGUGUUUUCGCUUUAUUCGCCUUACUUUCCCCUUUUUAUCAUAAACUCUCAUUUGUAUAUAUUUUUUCAUACAAAGAUGGUCGCCGUAUGGUUCUUCCACCAAACGCUCUCUAUCUAGCGGACUCCCACCAUGCUGAGCACUUGACUUACGCUGGAGAUAAAUUGCCACAGUGGAUCUGCUUCCAGGCGCGACAAGGCUAUCCAAGUCAACAAAGGGCCAGAUGCAAAUUUCGGCCUCGAAGCUCCCACGCCUGGUUUUGGUUUUGA